AUGUGCGCAGAAGACGUCAAGAAGCUUGUGAAUGACCAACUUCGAGACUUGAAGGCCGGCGGGAACUUCGAUGACGCCCUACUCAAGGAGAUGGACCAAGCGAACUCCACUCCUUUCACUGUCGAAAUUGAGCAGGCGGCUCCCCCGAAGCGUUUCUCGACGCCUUCGUUUACGCCCUUCAAGGGAGACUCCGAUCCCGAGAGCCACCUAAAACACUUCAAAAGUGUCAUGAUCCUCCACAAGGCCGACGACGCGUUGAUGUGCAAGGUGUUUGUGAUGACCUUGCGGGGAGCAGCUCAGGACUGGUUCCAUACCCUACCAUCCGGGUCAAUCAGCAACUUCAAGGAGCUGGCAUACGUCUUCGCCAAAGAAUACACGUCUUACCGGACAAUCAAGAAUAAUCCCAACCACCUGUUCAACCUACGUAAGAAGUCAGACGAAUCCCUUCGAGACUACAUCAAGAGAUUCAAAGCAGAAAAGGCCAAUAUUGUAGGAUGUGAUGACCAGAUCCCGUCCUCUGCCUUCAAGAGAGGCUUGCCAACUGAGUGUGAGCUGUAUCGUGAGCUGACCAUCUCUCCCUGCCAAACACUGGAAGAAGUCUUCGUGACAGCAGAGCGCUACGCACUUUGGGACGAUGACCGGAUCGCUGCAAAGAAGGCUGCCAAGCAAGCCGAUCAACCGGUUGAGCAGGCAAGCCAAAGGAACGGCAGGAUAAAUGACAAAGAUGGAGGCAAGCACGGAUUACAACCUCAUAGAGGUGCCCCAGCAACCGAGAGCUAUACCGAGUUCACUAUCUCGAUAAACCAGAUCCUGGCCCAAGUAAAGAACAUGCCUUGGUUGAAGAAACCAUCGCCUUUGAAGGGAAACCCAGCCAAGAAGGAUACCAUUAGAUACUGCGAAUUCCAUGAAGGGCACGGUCAUUACACAAAGGACUGCUUCGCCUGGAAAAGGCACCUCGAAGAGCUGGUCGUCUCCGGACGCAAAACAAGCCCGGAGUCCCUUAAGGGGGACCCUGGCCCUCGCCAAUUUCCUAAGGGAAAACAUAUUACGGGAUGCGAAGAACACGCUCGGAGUCCCUUAAGGGGGACCCUGGCCCUCGCCAAUUUCCUACGCCCGGAGUCCCUCAAGGGGGACCCUAGCCCUCGCCAAUUUCCUAAGGGAAAACAUCUUACGGGAUGCGCAGAACACACACAGAGUCCCUUAAAGGGGACCCUGGCAAUCAUAAAAUCUCCAAAAGAAGAUGCGCAAUCAAAAUACAGGCUGGUUACUCAAGCAGUCCACAAGUCAAUAUGCCAAUUGAAGUUGAAAAAAUAA